GCGGGCGGGGGGGGGGGUGCGGCGCGUCAGUCAGCUCAGCGGCGCGCGGGGCCGCUCCCGUGACGUUGCGUCUCCCGCUCGCCGCAUCUUGCCGGCUGCGCCUCCGACAUCUCCAGCGCGCCCCUUUGGCCGAGGCGGAAGGCGAACACCUGGCUCCGAGCCCUGUCGCCAGCCGCGCGCUUUCGCUCCGAGCCGCGGCUCUGGACUUGGCCAAGGAGGGACCGGAGGGAAGGACGCAUGCCCGGUGUUUGCCGCGGAGGGAAGGCGUCUUGCCAUGCGAAGGGCUUCCCUGCUCUUGAGAGGAAGAGAACCGGCCCGGUAAAUAUGGUCAGUCAUGUCGUGGCUGGCUUGCUGGCUGGAUGAACUCCAGCGGUUCUCGCUGCUCUCCUUGUUUACAGCCGCUUUGGCCGUCCUGGCCGUCUACCUGGUGCGGUAUGGUCUCAGCGUCCUGCGGCAAGGCGGUGGGAAGCCGCCUCCCCGGCCGUCGCGCCCGGGACUCCUGCAAGAAGACGAGGGGGGCUCCCUUUUCACCUGGCUGCUGGCCCUGAGCAGCUGGAGGGGCGAAUGGCAGAAAGCCUGGGUCGCAGCGCUGAACAAGGAAGCCGGAUUGCGGGAGAACACUUGCUUGUUUACAAUUGAUGAGCAUGCAGCUCAUCAGAAUCAAGAGCUUCGAGUACAAGGAAUGAUAAGUCUAGUAAAAUCUGCUGAAGAAAAGGUGGUUUCCUGUAAUGUAAUUGGAAAUUCCUUCCAUUUUCUUGUCAGUGUCUCCCAAGCGCCACCUCUUACUGGAGAAUGUCAGUCUUACAGUGUAAAACUAUUUCCACUUCAUUUGCAGCUAAAACUUUCAGCAAAAUCCAAAGAGGAAGACAUCCAGAUCAGGUGGUCAUUCAUCUACUCCUCUGAAACAAAUAUUGAAGUCAAACCUACUAAUGUGAAAAAAGAUGAGACUCUUGGGACAUGCACUGUAUUAGAAACAUUUAAAAGUGUGUUGCAGAAUCUCAUCAGUUGUACAUCACCUGUUAUGAUUCUGAGUACAAGAUCUACUGAUAUAAAAGGAACACAGAAUGUAGGGGCCAUUCCUCAGGGUGCUAGUCCUCCUAAGCCUCCAAGGGCUCAUGAACUAAAACUGCUCAUGAAAAACAUCAAAGUAACACUCACCAAUCAUAAUAUUGCAGGUAUCAUUAACCCCAUCUGUGUAGUUCAACUCAAUGACCCUUUGCAGAAAUGUUGUACCUCUUUUGCCAAUUAUCCCAUGGACCUUUCUUGGAAAGAGGAAUUUAUUUUUGAAUUAAAUGCCAAAUCAAAAGAGCUGCAAAUCAACAUUGUGGAAAAUGGGGAAUUGGAUGGUAACUCUUCUGUUUCUGCUAGUGUUCCUUUGGAUUUAUUCAGGAAACAGCCUUCUGGACUGCAAAGUUUUGCAUUAAACAGCCAAUUCAGCAAUAAUAGCUCUGCAAUAGGAUCUGUCUCUGCAGAGUUCUUAUACAUGGAACCUUCAGAAGCAAAAUCACUGCAGGUGCCUGCCAAGCUUCCUGUUGCAAAAGUAGAAAAGGAUCGAACUGUGAUGCCUUGUGGGACUGUGGUCACUACUGUAACUGCUGUGAAAGCCAAGACUUUAGUGGAAGGGAGAUCAUCUAUUCUGCACUCAGCAGUUUCACCAGUUCAAAGUCCUGCUAAACUGAAAAGGAUUGAAAAGGAUUUAUCCAUUCAAGCAAUCCAUUGUCAGAAUGUUUCAGUAAGCAAGGCAUUAUCUUCCUCAGAUACUGAGUUACUGGUGUUGAAUGGCACAGAUCCUGUGGCUGAAGUAGCCAUUCAACAGCUCAGUGAAUCUGCAAAGCAAAAGUUCAAAUCUCCCAGAAAAAAAAGCACCAUCAUAAUAUCAGGGAUUUCAAAGACUAAUUUAUCUCAGGACAGCAAAACUGCACUCAUGAUGGGCUAUGCAGCAGCCAUGGAUGGCUCCUGUAAACAAGAUGAUACUUUUAGUGUUGAAGGGUGUCUUGCACAAUCCCCUUCAGAUGAAAAAGUAUCACUAGCUGCCUCUGAAACGAUAUCUGCCCUUGAAGAACCCCAGGAACACAGCCAUGGUGCAUGGACCUUAGAUGACAGUCACCAUCAAUGGCACAACAAUGCACUACUAGACCAAGACUGUGAUAAGAUAUCAGGGAGCUCUGUAAGCAUCUCAGAAUCUGAAACUGUGAAGAAGUCCAAAGGUAGAAUAUUAAAAAAGAGUGCAAAGUUAUUUUUUCUCCGAAGACACCAUAAAAAAGACCCAGGAAUGAGCCAAUCACAUAAUGAUCUCUCCUACCUACAGCAACCCAGAUCUGAUGGUACUCAAAAGAAAGGAGGAACUUUAACACGAAUUCUAAACAAGAAAACUAUUUUUAAGAGCAAAACCAAACUAAAUGGCUCAUCAGUUGGACCACAUGCAUAAAGUCUAGAACCUGCCAAAUUAUGUUAGCUACACAUGACCAAUUGUUUACAGAAAAAUGAACUACCAUAUACUUUAUGAGAUUUACUAGCAAGGUGAUUCACAGAAGAUAAUAAAGCAUAGUUAGGGAAUAAUUGGAGUUAGAACUAUGGUUAUUAAACUAUAGAGAAUAAUUCAUAUUUAUUUGGAAAAUUAGUUAAUUUAAUUCAGUAGGCCUUAAGUCUAAAAUAUAAUUUCUAAAAAUCAGGUUUAAAAUAUGUUUUUGCUUGAAAUUCAAGUAUAGCUGAGAGUUACAAUGAAAAACUAUUGCAUUAAUACAUAUCUGUAGUUGUUGCAUUUUUAAAGAGCCACAAUGAAAAUUUUAAAUGAGCUAUUGUGCCUGCAGGAAAAUGGAAAAAAAUAAUAAAUUGUGAUAAGGGUUGAUUGAUUUAAGAAAACUGUAGGAGAGAUCUAUAGUAAUCUAUGAGAUCCAAAAAUCAUAUGGAGUCUGGGUUCACUUUUGCAGACUAACACAUGUUAUUAAUAUGCAUAAGCUUUCAUGAACUUUAUGAAGGCUAAUGAAAUAAACUGCAGCUCAUGAAAGUGUAUACCUUUUAAUGAAAUCUGAAAACAUGCUACCAUAUUCCUUCAGAUUUAUGAUCUGGGAAAUAUUUUACUGUGCAGUUGUAUGUUUGUGCACACAUGUGUAUAUAUAUGCACUUGUGUGUAUAUGAUAGGAUUAAUUCUUGUUGUAUGCAUUGGAACUUAAUCCCAGAUAAAAAAUGCAUAAAAUUUCAGCCUUAACAUGUUUCUAGAGAGAAAAUAAAAUAUUGAAUUGGGAAACCUGAUACAGUUGUUGUUAAAUAAAUAUAAAAUGGUAUUGCUUCUGAUAGAUGCUAGUAAUACAAACUGGUAAUUUAUAUAAAUACUUAUUAGGAAUCUAAUUUUUUUGUUCUGUUGGUAUCCUUUUAGUCUCUAGGAUAAUGAGCCCACAGAUUACUGAAGCUUACUUUUCUUACUUCUACAAUACUUGGGAACAAUAUUGCCAAUAUUGCAGUGUGCCUUGGAAAUCCUAAAAUACAGUAUAUUAAUACUUUAAUAGCAGCAUACAGACAGCCAGGGCUUUUUUUCUCAUAGAAUGCCCAGAAUAGAGUUCCGGCACCUUUUUUGGAUGGAACCUUGUAGGGUAGACAAGGCAGGUUGUAUGACAUGUGUGAGUUCCAGCACCUUUUUUUUUUUUUUUUUAGGAAAAAAGCACUGCUGACAGGUAACAUUAGAACAUUAGAGUGCAAACUUUUUCAGUUUCAACUAUUAUAUUUCUGUUUUGACACAAAUUGCUUAUUUGAAAAAAAUAAGGGGACGUGUUCCCCCUUUCUUUAUAUUCAAUAUUAUAACUUGCUCAUUUAAAAAACUGUAUUUCUGUCUAUCUUACCAAACAUUACGUAUUCUGACUUAGUGGGGAUUUGUUGUGGAAUAUGUGGCUUGAUUGUAGAUCCUAGAAUCAAGUUCUAUAUUGCAUUUAUUCAGGGUAAAUCUGGUGCCAGUUCCAUCACUGUGAUUUAAAUCAAUAAAUGAAGAGGAUUCAUAGAAAUGAGGUUGUGCCUCCUGUGGAUCAAUGAUUUGCAUAAACUGCAGUAAUGAUGUUAAGAAUACAGUCUGUUGAAGUCCAACAUGCAAAAGAACAUUACUGAAAUGAAACAGCAAUUUCUGGAAAGUUAUGCAAAUUCUAAUUUUUGUAAUGACAGCAUAUUAUAAACUGACUGCUACGGGGUUAUCUACAUGAAAUACUUUAUUUUCACAGUAAGUGCAGGUUAUCCUUGCUUAACAACCCUAACUGGGACCAGAAUUUCCAUUCAGUGUCAUCAUGACUUCAAACAGUCACUGAAUAAAUGAUUGUUAAGCAAGGACUACCUAUGCUAUGAUUAUCUUAGACACAUAUCUUUGGAUGUAAACUUGCUUCCAUGUAUCUGGAGUUAGAAUCAGUUUGCAUGACAUUCCGUCUUGUCUUUUUAAAAAAUUGUAUAGCUUUAUGUUGGCACAGGACUUGCUCUGUAACUCUUACAAAUACUUGAACGCAUUUAAAACUGUUAUUUGAAUGACUCAAAACUAUGUUGCUGGAUUUUAAAGAAAAGUACCAAAGGUA